CUCUACUAGUGUAGUGAUUUUUGUAAUUGCCAGCAUUCGGCAUUGGGGGUCAAACUCGAUUUAACUAGAAGUUUUACUGAGAUUUCCUUGGUUGCGACAGAACCUAUUUUAAUUUUAACAUAAUGGAUGAUUUUAAAAGAUUUCGUUUGCGAAAUGUAUUAUCUUGUAUCAUCGAGAGUGUUGUGAAAAGGGGAGAUGAAACAAUAUGUGAUCAGCCUAUUACGCGCUUCACAGCUCAGUCACCUCCAGAUAUCUCGGUUCGAGAUUACAUGGAGAGGCUGUAUCGCUAUUCCAAAUGUAGUGUGGAAUGCCUAGUUCUGGCUUUAAUAUACAUUGACCGCUUUAUUCAAAGCUCGAAUAUCCAGGUUAACUCGUUAACCAUUCAUCGUAUCUUACUAACAAGUGUCGUGCUAGCUGCCAAAACCUAUGAUGAUAAUUUUUACACGAAUACUCAUUACGCCCGUGUUGGCGGUAUUCCCGUGGAAGAGCUCAAUUGUCUGGAGAUCGAGUUCCUGUUCAGCAUCGGGUUCAGUCUUUACGUGAGUUGCGAGGAUUAUCUCCGAUACCACACAGAGAUCUACAAACACUCCAUGAGUCGUGUGUGUAAUUUGUGUAGUGGUCUCGAUAUUCCUAUGCUUUGUAUGAGCGAAAGCAACGACUCCAGUUUUGUCAUGCGGUAUGGAGAUGGACGCGACUGCUCGCCUACUAAUGUGAAUUAUAAUGUCAUGAGCUAUUAAUAUCAAUGCACUUGUUGUUUCAUCGAUCUGUGGUU